UUGGAGGCCGCUUCAAUUUAAGACUUCGCAUCAAGUAAAACCUUUAGCGACGGAGCGAUCACGUUAGCCGAACUGGGCACUCUCUCUUCCCGUCGUCGUUAACCGCUGCCUGUAGUUUCCGGCCGCACUACUACUUGUCGUGACCUCACGAUGGCGGACAUGGACCUGGAUGACCUAGAUGGUCCGAGCCAAGCUCCAUCCAGAACGUCCAGAUUCGCCCCCAAGGGCUGCAAACUCAAACCCCAGCCUAAACCCAAAUUGAAGCCCGAACCAGUAUCGGCCGACAAAGAACUUGAUUCCAUUCAUCUGAAGGAGGAGGAAUUGGAGUCCCAACCGCCGCCGGCUGAUUCCGUCUCCGCCAAGACGGAGCUUGGCCCCCCUCUUCCUUCCGCCGUGGCCGUCGACGAUGGUACCGUGAAGGUGGAUGUUGAAGCGAAGUCGGAGGUCGAGGAGGCUAAUGGCGAACCGAUGGAGGAAGACGGUAUCGAGGAUAGGGUUGUUCGUGAAAUUGACGUCUUAUUGACUCCUCAAAUCGAUGCCAACACUCAGAUUUAUGUUCUGCAAUAUCCGCUUAGGCCGUGUUGGCGCCCCUAUGAAUUGGAUGAACGAUGUGAAGAGGUUAGAAUCAAACCCACGAGUGCAGAAAUGGAGGUCGACUUGACUAUUGAUGUUGACUCCAAGAAUUAUGACAAUGAUGCAAAUCCCAGAGCUAGGAUGACAAAGCAGACUUUAACAUCUUCAAUGAAGCCAACACGCUCAACUGGCUAUGCUGUUGGGGUGCUAGUAGGUAAUAAGUUGCACAUCAAUCCUAUUCAUGCAGUCGUGCAACUGCGACCUUCAAUGGAGCAUCUUAGGCUUUCUGGCUCUAAGAAGAAGAACAGUGUUACAAGCAAUUCAGAAGUGGCAGUAAAGUCAGAAGAUAUUAAGGAUGAAAAAUCUAUAGGACCAUCAAAGAAACAGAAUUGGGUACCUCUAAAGUAUCAUUCUUCAAAGACUGAUUUCGGCAUCAGACAUCUAAGGAAAAUGGCAGUAGAUGAGAGCUCUCCCAUACAAUUUUCAAUGAGCUCGUACGAUUACAUUAGCUCCUUGUGCCCUGCUGCAAAUGAUGACAGCAUCAAACCCAAGGGUCCUCCUAGAAGGUUAUUGCUCUCAUUGCCAUUGGAAGAACGUUAUAAGACAUGGCUUUGUGAGGGUCCUCCAGCAAAUCGAUUUGACACUCUUAAGCAUCUAGCUCCUAAUGAUUCCAUUAAAGAUGUUCUAGGAGUCCUUAAGAAACUGGCUUGCCUUGUACAAGGACUUUGGGUUCCAAAGACCUCACUGCUAUCUGAAGGACGCCAUGGAGUUGAAAAUCUAGCUAGGGACUAUGUUCUUCUUUUGUUUAGUAAGAGCCCUGUAAUCAGAUACGAAAAGGUGAAUGUUGGAGGAUCUCUUGGUAAAGCUAUAAAAGGUGUUUUGAACAGUUUAGCCACUGAGAGACCUUCCUUACGUGACUGGAAGUUUAAGGAGCAACCUGAUGUAAUGUUUAUGAAGCUUCAUCCUGAUAUUGUUAAAGAGCAAGAACAAGCUUGGGAACGUUUGGAGAAACCACUAACUGAAAGUAUGUUUGGAAGUGGGAGAGGGCCCCCCGGUUUAAAGAAUACUUUGAAGCCUGAUAUGGCUAAUAAGCCUGGAGCAUCAAAAAAUCCUAGUAAAGGUGCAGCAAGAUCUUCAAAUGGAUCCACUUCAAGAACAGCCAUGUCAAAUGAAACUCGAGAAGCUCUACCAAAGGCCUUACAAAAACUUUUCCAAAUGCACAAGGUUUGCAGUUUUCAACAGAUUUGCCAACGAUUGAGGGAAAUGGCAGUCUCAGAGUCUACUCGUCCAAAGGGAGUUGCUAGAGAGGCAAUAGCUGCGGCAAAUGGAGUCGAUGCUCCUCAAGAGGAACUACUGGAAAUCAUUAAUCAAGUUGCUACAAAUAUCCAUGGCGUCUAUGUUUCAAAGUCAUCCUCAGAUCAUCCACAAUAUGAUCCUUUGAGGAAGAUUGUCGUUGAUCUUCUUAUUGCAGAGGGACCUAAUGCAAAGCUUAAAAAGGCUUCUAUUGUUGAAGCUGCUAAGAUGCAACUUAAGAGGGAUAUUACUUCCAUUGAAUAUCAAAAGGAUGUGUUCGGAAGAUAUAAUCAACCAUGGUCUGGUCAGCGACCCUUGGUUUACAUGUGUUGAAUGAAUUGUGUAUAUCCCAAGGUUCUGCAUGGGUUUUAAAACGAGGGGAUGGAAAUCCUUAAGAAAGAGUUAAUCAUCAUUUCGCCAUAACCGUAGAAUGAAGAUAUCAAGGAUAGGUAUUUUUCACAUUUCUGUAAGAGUACCAUGGAAACGCUUCUACCUAUAUGCUAUAUUCAUCUCCAAGUGCUUUUGAUUCACGAACACUGCUGAUAAUGCUUUUUGUGCAAUAUCUCUUCUGAUGGUAAAUUAUUUUCUUGUGGUUGUCGAAUUGAGUAAGCCCAUUAAUGUGAGACCUGGGUGUAGCAAUGCUUGUGCAAAUUGAUAUUGGGAAAGAAAAAGAUUGUAUGCGCCAUGCUUAUUUAUAAUACAUUGAUCAUUUCUAAUUUUUUGCAUUAAAAAUUCAAUUAAAAUUCCUUUUGGUGAUUCAUAACUAAAAUUAGACUUAAAGCAAUUUGAGUUUGGUUUAGAUAUUUGCUUUUGCAGUCAAUAACUCCAGUUGUAUUGUUUCCUCUUGCAGUUAGCAGUUAUUUUUUCACAGGCAAUUUUGUUCGGAAUGGUUGGGCCACUUUGGUAGGAUACUUAUUUCUUGUUCAUAUUUCUUUUUCCUCCCCCAUCCCUCCCCAUACAUCGUAGUGCUACGCCCGGUUAUUAAUGUACUGAAUCUUCUCAACAUAUUUAUGAAGAGAAAAUGUACAGUAGUCAUUUUGUA